ACAAUUGUGUCACCGCAGGGUGAACCUUGCUAUUUGUUAAGGUUCAGUGAAUGCUUACAUAUUCGUCAAUAGGUAUUACCAAUUGCCAUGGUGCAAAAUCGAAUGAGAAAGUGCACACAACUCCUGGCAAUCGUAAACAACGUUGCCAGCAUUGUUAUGACCAAGGUUAAGCGCAAGCUGCCGUAGUGGUAAGUCAAUAACACUAGCACACGGGAGGCCUCUUGGUAGCAUUACGCUAGUGCUUGUGGGGAAGGUAGCCCGAUGUACGCGUCGCAUACAACAGAACAGUUGUGCAUUAAAUUACAUGUGUAUUUGUAUUUGCACAACCGUUUUUGCAUCUGAGAAAAACAGUAUACAUGUUGUUUGUGGAGUCUGUGGCCAGCAUGUAUUAAACAUCCAACGUUCCAUCAUUCAAACAUUUCAUUUGUACCUUGGCUUUUGGGAUGGUUUCCCUGUCUUCUGCGUUUCAGUUUGCUUCUCUGAUCGGCUAGGUCCUACAUGGACAGCCCCACAUCGAGAAGGUGUACCGAGACGUUUACCCAUAUCUACAAAAGUCGGGCCUCUCCUCACCCAACAGUCGCUCGAUUGGCGGCUACCAGAGAGGGUCUCCUCCUUUUGGCUCCCCGAACAGUGGUGUGCAAUACUAGGACCAGUCUGGAGGACCACAGCCUCCUGAACGAGGACCAGGUCAUGGUGAAGAAGAGUCUCCGAUACGCCUCUAGGGGGCUCCCUAGGGUCAGGUCAUGCCAGUGCUGGACCAUCGCGACCAUGCUUGCCGCCCUGUGGUUGUACCUGUGGGUCUACUACUUCAGGGACGUCGGGAACGUCAGCCACCAACUGCAGGUUACGACUCCUCGGUUACGAUUCCACGUUACGACGCACCGCCCCAAACCUAGCCGCGCGGCUGGCCCCGGGGUGGUCAGUCGUAACAUAGAGGCACACCUGGUCGUGUUGCCGCAGGGCUUGGCCGACGAGACGGGGGCUUACUGUCUGGACGGCAGUCCGCCAGCUUACUACUUCCGCAAUGCGACUUCCGAGGAACACCACAACUCCUGGAUAAUUCAUUUAAUGAAGGGUGCGUGGUGCUACGACAACGCCGAAUGCGCACGCCGCAGUGCCACCGCGCUGGGGUCAUCGCGCAAGCUCCGUCCAAAGAAACUCUUUGGCGGCAUCCUGUCAUCAAGUUUUACAGUCAAUCCGGAUUUUUACGACUGGAAUGUGGCGGUCGUCAACUACUGCGAUGGAGCCUCGUUUUCUGGUGACCGAGAAGAUCCCGUUAUUUCUAACAAAAAGAAGAUGUACUACCGGGGAUCCAGGGUGCUAAAUGCGGUCAUAAAUUACUUACUCAAAUCAGCAGGAUUACAGAGGGCCGACAGGGUCAUUCUGAGCGGUGAUUCUGCCGGAGGACUUGCCGUCCUACUUCACGCUGAUCGUGUCAGCAGAAUGGUUCCCAAAAACACCUCGUUCAAAGCCAUGGCAGACGGGGGUUUCUUCUUGGCUAAUGAGGCGGACACCAGCGGUAAAACCCAAUGGAAAAGCGCCAUGGAGAACGUCUACCAGAUGCAACAGAUAGAAGGGGGCCUUGAUAAAGACUGUCUACUGGCCAAAGAAAAGAACAAGUCGGAGUGUUUCUUCGCGCAGCACACCUACCCUUACCUCACCACCCCCGUGUUCGUUGUCAACUCCGUCUACGACAGUUGGACUCUGAAGAACAUUCUCGGAGUUCGCUGUCGCCCUUCCAAGUGCAACGAGAAAGACCUUGGGGUAAUUGAGAAGCACAGGCGAACCUUCCUGCAGCGUAUGGACCAGGUCAACCGUUACGACAAAAACGGCAUGUUCCUGACCUCCUGCUACGCUCACCUCCUGACCUGCGUCGACUCUCCCUGGAUGACUUACAAAGUGGCUGGAAGAACGGCUAGAGAGGCCUUCGCCGACUGGUAUUACGAGCGGACGACGCCGGCAGAGACGAGGGAUGUAGACUGUGACUCAAAUCUGACAUGCAACCCCACCUGCAGAAGCAACUGAAUGGGUCGUUAUGAAGCGUUUCUAAUACGGAAGACGGCUUUGUCUAAAAAGCGUGCAUAAACAAGAGAGGGCGCUCUUUAAACAAUGAAAGCGAAGUGAGGGCGCUCAAUUUGCUUGUUUCCGUGAGCAGUGAGCCCUCAACUAGUGCACUCACAGACACAAAGGUGGUAAACAUUUCACCGCUAGAGGGCGGUUUCUCAUCGCUUGUUCUUUAUUGUGAAUCGUUUGCAAUUGUUUUCGAAGACUACUGUGACUUGUAGCCCAGUUCACGUCUUUAGUUAAGUAAUGUACGUGUAAUUUGAAAUCGUACAAACAAUCUUGUUUUGUUAUCGUUGUUUGAAUUCACCAAUAUUUUUUGUAAACAGUAAGACAAAUAAGAUUUCAAAAUUAGAUUUUAUCAACAACAAAAUAGAAACGAUACCAUUUUUUUUUUAUUGUUUCCUUAACGAUUGUUCCAUUGAGAUUUGUUAUUCAUUGUAAUUAAUUUAACAAAACUGGAAGAAAAUGUUUUCGAUGUUUGUAAAGGCCACAUGGGGAAACAGGGUAAAUGGCGAUAAUCAAAACUGUUCUUCUCUCAGGUGCCUUUGCGUUCGUAAGGUAUAAUAAUUAUAUCAAAAAGUCGUUUCUAUGAAUUUCGAAAUAAUGUAGGUUUUCCCGGCUAUUUUAAAACAUUUUUCAUUCAGAUUCACCAACUCUAACAUUCAAUU